AUGGUCGCUUCGUCGCAUGCUGUCGCGCGGAAAUUCAUAUACCCUCUACGUUCGUGGCACGAGCAGAAACAAAGCAGCAAAAGCGAUCAGAAUUCACCGCGCAUUACGGGCACGACCUAUUUCCAGUUCUUGCGACCCACGCGCCUUGUGACAACUAGACGAGCCCAACUCUUCUCCGUCGCCUGCGCCUGCGCCUGCGUCUUCGCCUUCGCCUUCGCUUGCUAUUAUCGAAGGUGGCCAGCCCGGACCUCAUCAUCUCGACCCCAGUCGACCGAAAUCGACAACACUGCACUGGAUCCGACUCGGCUCGAGCAAGUCGACCACAAUAAUGACGCGAGGGCCGACAAUAGGGACAAAAUCUUAACUAUAUCAUCGCUACCAGGUCAUUCGCAAUAUCGACUCACGGUCUAG